AUGUCCAGCGACUCGCAAUCGCCAGCAGAGGUCACCGGCCCAACAGCUUUCUGGAUCCUCGCCUCUCUAGCAUCAGCAGCAGCAGCUCAACCAUCAGGCAAUCGAAGAAGAGACAAUGACCUCUUCGGAGGCAACGUCGAUAUUGUUCGCUCUAUCCCAGCCGUCUGUCUCAUCGAUUCAAUCUUUGACUUGUUUGUGCUGGCCCGAGGUAUUUCGAGAUUUUUGUCGUCAGAGAAUUCCACUCAACAGAUUCGUCGCAACUCACCAAAAGCGACUGGCCUGGUCAUCAGAUUGGCCUUGACCAUAUUUACCGUCCUACCGCAGACUAUUAAAGUCUUUAGUCUCCAGGGCGUGCCUGCGACGCAGAUAUGUGCUUUUAUCUUCUUCUUUGCCAAUGUUACCAAACUCCUGGUGUCCAUUUGUGGAUGGGAACCAGAAGGGAACCUCCACGACGAGGAUGAUUCAACUUCAACUGAUGUCCUCUUGUCGUCAUUUCUCCAAGCGCCAUUUGAGUUUUGGAUAUGGUUUAAUAUCAGCCGGCAAGCCUCUUUCAAGCUUUCCACUGGCCUAGAGAAUGUUUGCGACUGGGCCGCGAUGGUCGUGAGCUUCUCCAUGGUAUUGCAGGUCGUCAUAUGGAUUGCGUAUCUAGUCGCGCGACGACGUCUAGACCUCUCGAGAUCAUUGUAUAUAGUACCGAUGCGAGGUUUCUACUUGGUCAUGGUGGUCCUUGGGCUUGCAAGACAGCCUUCUACGAGGAAUCCAUCGCGAGCAACAAUCCAGCCGCCACCGGGGUGGGUGGACAUAUUCAAUUAUAGUUCGGGCUUAAUUAUCUGUACCGCCAUUGUCAGCAUAGCUAUCACCAAGCUACUAGAAUCCAUCGGAACUCUUCUGGCACUUUUGCUGUCUCGUGGUAGCUCGGAAGAUGAACAGAACGAGACAUCGGAAGCGCAAUCCACCUCGGGUGAAGAUGCCGCCGAAGAACAGGAAGACCACCUGUUUGCGGGUCACCCUGGAGCAUGGCUGGGAAGGAUAGGCGUCUUUCCGGAUCGAUUGGUUGUGCGGGGCCUUGCAUUGAACACGACAGCCAGUACGAGCAUUACGCUAACAGUUUUCAACCUUAUCACUACAGUCUUCUACUACCUCGUAUACUUUGAUGGAACAGGGACAGCCAACCCCAGUUGGACAAGCGUCUUGGGUUAG